AGUUUUGGGAAGUGAUCAGCGAUGAACAUGGCAUUGACCCAGCCGGAGGCUAUGUGGGUGACUCAGCGCUGCAGCUGGAAAGGAUCAAUGUGUACUAUAAUGAAUCAUCUUCCCAGAAAUUCGUACCAAGAGCAGUCUUAGUGGACUUGGAGCCGGGAACCAUGGAUAGUGUGCGAUCUGGUCCUUUUGGUCAGCUCUUUCGACCUGAUAAUUUCAUCUUUGGACAAACUGGUGCAGGAAAUAACUGGGCCAAAGGACACUAUACAGAAGGAGCAGAGUUGGUUGAUUCUGUACUCGAUGUAGUAAGAAAAGAGUGCGAACACUGCGAUUGCUUGCAAGGAUUUCAGCUCACUCAUUCCCUGGGAGGAGGGACAGGGUCUGGCAUGGGAACCCUUCUCAUCAGCAAAAUACGAGAGGAAUAUCCGGACAGGAUAAUGAAUACAUUUAGUGUCAUGCCCUCUCCAAAGGUUUCUGAUACAGUGGUGGAGCCUUAUAAUGCUACUCUCUCAGUCCACCAACUGGUUGAAAAUACAGAUGAAACCUACUGCAUCGACAAUGAAGCUUUGUAUGACAUUUGCUUCCGCACCCUGAAGCUCACCACUCCAACAUAUGGAGAUUUAAACCACUUGGUUUCCGCUACCAUGAGCGGAGUGACUACAUCCCUGCGUUUUCCAGGCCAACUAAAUGCUGACCUCCGGAAGCUGGCAGUAAACAUGGUCCCUUUCCCACGCCUUCACUUUUUCAUGCCAGGCUUUGCUCCUUUGACAGCACGAGGCAGCCAGCAAUAUCGAGCGCUCACUGUUCCAGAGCUCACCCAGCAAAUGUUUGAUGCCAAGAAUAUGAUGGCAGCCUGUGACCCAAGACACGGGCGAUAUUUGACAGUGGCUACUGUCUUCCGCGGUCCCAUGUCCAUGAAGGAGGUUGACGAGCAGAUGUUGGCCAUCCAGAACAAGAAUAGUAGUUACUUCGUGGAAUGGAUCCCAAACAAUGUCAAGGUAGCAGUUUGUGACAUACCGCCUCGUGGUCUCAAGAUGGCUUCCACGUUCAUUGGCAACAGCACAGCUAUUCAAGAGCUCUUCAAAAGGAUUUCUGAGCAAUUUUCUGCCAUGUUCAGGAGAAAGGCCUUUCUACACUGGUUCACAGGUGAAGGAAUGGAUGAAAUGGAAUUUACAGAAGCAGAAAGCAACAUGAAUGACCUGGUUUCUGAGUAUCAGCAAUACCAAGAAGCUACAGCAAAUGAUGGAGAGGAAACAUUUGAAGAUGAGGAGGAAGAAAUCAAUGAAUAAAGAAAUUAGGAAAAGAGAAAAUUUCCGGGCCAGAUUCUCAAAUCUGGAUUUCUAAUAAUUAGGCUUAUAAAUCCUUAUUUCAAGAAAACAAGAAAAUGACCAUGAAUCUCAGAUGUUAGAGGUGCUUUUCAGAGUCCAUUGAGGUCACUGGGAACUGAGGAUGUUCAGCACUUCUGGAAAUCAGGCCAUUUCUAUCCAUGAGACAAAUGUAAUUAGUUAAGACUUUGGCCUAAGAGUCUGAACACAGAGAUUGCUAGCUUGGGAUAUUUUUUUUUUUGUUCCAAACAAAAUUUGUCUUCCAUAAAGUUGUACAAGAAGUAAAACAGGCACGAAAAUUUACAAAACAGAGUUGCGCUAUUUUCAUCGAAUUAUGAAUAAGAAAAACUUGUGCGUUUGAAGUAAUCAUUCUGUACUGAGUGUACAAGACUGAGCUGCCAGGAACAAAAUUUAUUCAUAAUAAAAAGAAGAAAAAGAAUUAACUGUUCUAUAAAGUAAAUAUUAACAAUUAUAUUUGAAUUCAAUCCUCUAAUAGCAAAACAAAAUAAAAAAGAUUAGCAUCCUCUCAAGUCCAAGUGUUGUGGGAACUCACUGCUGUGUAAGUAUCCAGUGAGCUACAGGCUAGUGUUUUUAGGAUUUAUGCUAUGUGACUUUGUCACUUGCUGCAGAAUAAUCACAGUUUAUAUAAAUGAAGUCUAUCCAUUUGUGAUAUGUUCUUUAAGGACCCUCAGGGUUCAAACUGGCACCCCGGUAUCUUGCUGGUCUUCUGUCUUUCUGCUUACCACCAGCUACUGGUGCUUCUGAUUUGUGACUCCAUUCCACCUAGCCCAUGUAGCUGAAAUUCAGAUACUCUACAAAAGAGGGUGAGAGAGGCGGCAUAGGUUACUUGUUGAUGUAUCUCAUUACUCGGGUUUGUAUGUUCACCACACCUGUGGAUGCCUUGUUAUCCAGAUAUAUUAAAAUCACAGGGCAGAUUAAGGUUAAAAUACAAAGAGCGUUUAUCCACAGUAUUUGAAACAGCUGGCAAAAUGAAAGAUGAACAACAGUUAAUCUCCUUACGCUAACGUUAAAGCAGAAAGGUCUUACCUAGCUGAAUUGCUGCCUUGACAAAGUGAUGUUGGGUAUUCACUCUCUGUGCAUACUUUAUGCUUCUGGUCAUAUCAAUUAAACAGCUCCUCUCCACUGGAGAGCCUCCACCAGAGAACACUCUGUCUUCAUGGAGCCCUAUUUAGGUCAGUUUCUAGGCAACAAAACAAGCAAACAAAGAGGAAAACCCUCCGGAAAUCCAGACUUUAAAUGCUUCAGGAACUCUUCACUCCUUUUCUUCUCUCCUUCCAAAAAGCUUUUUAAGUAAAAGCAUUUCUCAAUACUUAAAAGGCACUUUACAAACAUACUAGUGUAAUUUCCAAAGAUCCAUCACUCCUAACAAGAUAUGUUUAUGUAUUGCUAAUUUGGGGCUCAGGGAAUAAGAUAGCAUUUCAUAAAGAAUAUGAGCCAGGCAGCUAUAGUAAUCAUAUAAGCUAAAAUUGUCUGCCUAAUUAAUUUUAUUCUACAUGGGAUUGGAACUAAUUUCAUUUUAAUCAAGUACAUGUUUCUCAUAGACAGUGACUUCAUGGAUUGAGGCGGUUGUUAGAACGUGCUAACCAAACUGCCUUUGGCACCGGUGUGUAGGCAGAGACUCAAAGAGCCUGGCUGGUUAUGUUUUGAAGGGUCAUGAUGGAGUCAGUUUUAAACAAAGUCACUGGGCUCCAUUCUUUGAAAGGGCCAGUGCUGCAAAAAGAAUUCAUGAUCUGGCGAUAGACUGUCUCUAACCGUGUAUUUUAUAAAUGAUGGGCUGCUGUAGCUAUGCAUUUAGCAUGACAGAAGAAUAAGCUAAAACUCUAAAUGCAUUAAUGAGAAAUUAACCUUGAAUAUGGUACAAAGCAAAAUCCAUGGAAAAAAAAUCCAUUAGAAGUUAAGAGUUUAGUUGAUGGCGUUAUAAGCUGGAGGCUAUUAGCUCCAAGAGGCAGGACAACAUACUACAGAGAGCGAGGAAGAGCCUGCUAUUAUGCACAGCCUUUUCAUUUAAAGCUCUACCAUAGCUUUUCCUGAAUGAGCUAAGACCAAAUAGCCUGCUUACAGUUUGUGGAACUACAUGUAUACUUUAAUACAGGUUUUUUUUUUUUAAUGUAUGUGAGUAACAGAAGCAUUUAUGGCUGGGUUCAUAAAUGCUUCUAUUAUUAGAUAGAUGAUAGCUGCUAAAAAACACUGGGAAUCUUGGAAUUCCCAAAAAACUGAGUAUUUAUUCAUCUGGCCCGCUAGACUCUUUAUUGCUUUCCACACAUUGAUUCGAAAUCCAGACUACAGAUUCUAAACUUGUGGCGUCCCUACCUGACAAUGGCCUCUGAUCCCGCUUUGCCUCUCAUGCACUCUUUUAUGUAUAUGUUUGCUUGCCAAGGAUGGGCAUUUCUAGAAUGCUUCAAAGAAAGAAACCUGAGUGGAUGUGGGGAAAGCCUAAUCCCCUCUUUCCGAAAAGAGGAAAACUGGGAUUUUUUUUUUUUUUUUUGCCAGCUGAUUAAAAAAAACCCAAACAAAACGGCAGAAACCUGUAGCAGGAACAUCUUCAGAGACCAGGUUUGCAUGCAAGCAGUAAGAAAACUAUGGGAAGCAUGAAAGCAAAUAAAGCAAGGCUUCCCAUUCCUCUUCAGCCAACCUACUUUCUAGUCACCUGCUCUUUCAGAUGUGAAACUGAAACCUCUUUUAGUAAUAGGUUUGGCUAAAGUUUCCUUCAGUUGCACUUCCUUUCAAAUAAUUUUCUACUCUCUACUUCCAAACCUAUCUUUUAUUUUGAUAUCUACCUGAUGAGUCCCACAUGGCUUCACUCCUUUUUUUUUUAAUACUCUUCACCUGUUUUUUGGUUUUACCUUUCUAUUUUUCAACAGUCCUUUGCAGUUUUCCUCUCAGUGCCUCUCCCAUCUUUAUUGGCUCAUCUCAGUUGUUUUGCACCCAGCCACAGCGAAAUACAAAGGAGGAGUAUGCCAGGAUAAGGCAGACCUAAGGCAUUCGGGGGAGGUGCAACUUCCAUUAUUGCCCAGAUACAAACACCUCUGCCAAAGCUGGUAUGAGGGAAGAAAUGACAACCUACACUACUGAAUGCUUGAAAACAAGGAGUAGGAGAGGUAGGGAAGUGUGUUUUCAGGGUAGGUAGAUAUAGAUAAAAACUUGAGGGGCAAUCUAUCUAUCUCCUUUGCAUAGCUCUUGUGGUCAAAACCAGCAAGGAAUGGGCAGCUCCCCAGUUCUCGGGCAUGACGACCCCUGCGCGUUCUAUUUCACCUAAGUCCCGCUUAAGCUCUUGAGCUCUCCACACCUUGAAAUGCCUUCAGCUCUGCCUUCUCUCACAUUCAUGGCUCCUGAGGAAAAGGUGGUCACUUCCUAGGAACAGGGUUAGGCUGGGGAAGAGGGUCUGUCUAGACCUACUCCUCCCAGCACUGGGAAGAGCAGGAAGGUUAGUGGCUCCCUCCAUGCUGUACAAGCCCUGGUUAGUUGAAGCGGCACUACUCAAUACCUUUGCAAGCAAAAAUAAACUGACCGUAUUGGCACCCCCCCCAGGGAACUACCCUCGAUUUGCUUGAUUUAAGUUAAACCUUAUAAAGUCUUAAAUAGGGGAGCUAACAGUUCUCUUUAAAGAAGCAGAUUGGCUAAACAGCUUUGUUUAAAUACCAUUUUAGUUCCAAAAUCCUGGCACAGUCAAGUUCUUCCACUUUUUGGCACAACAUACUAAAACUUACUGAAAUAAGACUACAUGGAGGAAGUUGGUGCUCCAGAUUAACAGCAAAGGGACUUGCACCUCCUUUACAUUACCAUAAGCUUAUUUAGUUGCAAUAUGCUAUUAACAAAAGUGGAAUUUACAAUCUGAAGAGGCAGACAGCACAAACAGGGAGCAGGAGAGAAGAUUUCCUGGAGAGGAGGUUAUUCUUUUAUAGUCAGGUAGUGUGACUGUGAAGAGUUAGGUUAGGGGUGUCCCCCCUCCCCCCAAC